CUCUGAACACUCCCAGUCCGCAGUGGACAUAAGAAACCCUUCACACAACGCAACUUUCUCCCAGACACUUCGACUCACUUCACUGGCUCUCAAAGGAAGUCAAAAUGACCGGAAUGCUUGUGCAAAACAUGUCCUUCAAGAUGGGACAGACUCUGACUCUUACAGGAAUCCCCAAUGCUGAUUCCACAAAUUUUGCCAUUAACAUCGGUCACAGCGCCGAGGACAUCGCUCUUCACAUGAACCCUCGUUUCGAUGCCCACGGAGACCAGCACACUGUAGUGUGUAAUUCAUUCCAGGACGGCAACUGGUGUGAGGAGCAGAGAGGGGCCAGCUUUCCAUUUAAUCAGAGCGAGGAGUUCCAGAUAAAAAUCACUUUCACCAAUGAGGAGUUCCUGGUGACUCUUCCUGACGGCUCUCAGAUUAGUUUCCCUAACCGUCAAGGCGCUGAGAAGUACAAAUAUAUGCACUUUGAAGGCGAGGUCAGGAUCAAUGGGAUUGAAAUCAAGUAGACUAAUCAACGCGUGAAUAAGGAUACUGUUUUAUCCUGGUUGCUGAAUGCUUCUGCCUUAUUUUGUCACUUAUCCAGCUCUGUUAUCCCACUUUUCUUUUUUACUUAUUCAGUAUCUCAAUCACAAAUGCCAAAUCAGCGUUUUCAUUUUGCUGUGGCUAAACCAUUAAACCACUAGAGGGAGCACAAGCAUAAUAAAUUGCCAUGAGCUUCAAUCUUACUACCUUUCUACAAUAAAAGAUCAUGUUAUUAAAUCUGGUUUGUAACUAAAGCAAACUGACAAGCCAUAGCUGUUUGCAUAAAAUAAAACUGUUUUCACAAAUAAAA